AUGGAAUCUGUUACCGGAAAUUCACAAAAUUCAACUACAGCCGCCACCACAUCCGCCUCUUCCACUUCAUCAGCGUCCAUUUCUACAACAUCUUUAAGCUCUGCCUUAUCCCUCACCACAACUGCCUCUCUGACACAAAGCUCAACGGCGGCUUGUUCUACUGUCAGUGCUUCGCCGGCUUCCAUAAGUAGCACUAGCAAUUUGACCUCUACAGGAAAUCUAACUUCUGUCACAUCUGCCGCCUUAGUUGCCGCUGCUGCUGCUGCUGCUGCUGCUCAUCAUCAUCAACAACAACAACAGCCUCCACAUCAUACAUCUUUAUUGCAAAUUUUACCCCUAGAUACUGGCAAUAAACAAGAUGACAGCAAUAAUCUGUCUUUAGCCAGUGGCUUAUCUGAAGGUCAACGUUCUUUGUCAGCCGCACCGUCGGCAUCUUCAAGUCCCAUUUUAAGUCCUCCGGGUAAAUUAUAUGGACGAAAUGCCAAUGGAACAAUGGUGGCUACUUCCCGUCCUGGCAAUGAAGCUGAGAUACAAUUAUAUCGUGUUUUACAAAAAGCCAGUUUAUUGGCUUAUUAUGAUACUUUGUUGGAAAUGGGUGGUGAUGAUGUACAGCAAUUGUAUGAAGCUGGCGAAGAAGAGUUUUUAGAAAUCAUGGCCUUGGUAGGCAUGGCUUCGAAACCUUUGCAUGUCAGACGUUUACAAAAAGCUUUACAUGAAUGGGCCUUAAACCCCUCACAAUUUCAACAGGGUCUUUCUAGUUCUUCUGCUCAAUUUGACACACCCGCUAAACCGCCCACCAUGUUUAAUUUGGAAGCCCCUUUAACUGCUAGUGCAGUGCGUGCCAAAUUCCCUGCUUUUAAUGCGACAGCCCCUUUUAAUCCCACUCCCUUAAUUAAUACUCACACCCCUGUUUCUUCGGCUCAUUUGUUAACACAAAUUUGCUCUCUACCCUCUCUGCCUGCUCAUAAUCCCUCCACCCAUAUUCUACCACCCACUACACAUAUAAACAAUCCCGAAAGACCUCUAGCCAUAGCUGCUAAUCCCACUUUAACCGUUGUCUCCAAUACUGCCCAUCAGGUAACCUCUAGCUCUCCUCAAUUGACUCCUGUCUUAAGUGAAAUGCAAGUAGCUCGCAUUACUUUGGGAGCUGAAAAAAUAGCCGCUCAAUUGCCACGUCGUGAGCCAAGAGCCCAUACCUCAAAGAAACGCACUAGCCGUGAGCUGGAACAAGUAAUUGCUAUGAAUGAAAAUGAUCCUCGUCGUAUGGAUGAAAUUCGUAAGUAUUCCGCCAUUUAUGGUCGUUUCGAUUGCAAGCGUCGUCCCGAAAAACCCUUGACUUUGCAUGAGGUCUGUGUCAAUGAGGCUGCUGCUCAAUUGUGUCGUCUAGUCCCCGCUCUCCUAACACGACGUGAUGAACUUUUCCCCUUGGCUAGACAAAUCGUUAAAGAUGCUGGUUUUGGUCAUUCGGCCACUAUAGCCCGUUAUGGUAAUUUACUUUCACAAAUGUCUCAGGCUCAAACUUCAACUCCGCAAACUCGCUCGGUAACCGCCAUGUUGGAUUGUGAGUCGAGUGAUACAAAUAUGACACCGUCCAAGAGACAACGUUUAUCUUCAUCGGAUGCUUCUUUGAAUAAUUCCGACAGUAAUCGGGAUUCCUUGGAAGAUCCACGUUAUAAUCUAUUUGCCAUGUAUCAGAAAUUUGCGGCAAAACCACCUUUUGAUUUGGCGGAUAUAGCAAAGUUUACAUUAAACAAACCCUCGGAAAUAGAGGAACAAGAUCAAGAAUCUAGAUUUUCCUUUAGCAAUUCCAGUUCUCCUUCAAUACCAGUGAAACACUGGACCAGAAGAGCAGGAGGAGGUUCCUAAUACUUCCACUCAGUUGGAUAAAUCAUUUGUUAAAUCGGAUAGUACUACUAAUAACUCUUUGGAUUUAUCUUCCAAUUCACAGAGUCCUUUAGUUGCGGAAUCUUCUACUCCCUCCAAGUCUUUACCUUUAUCGGGUGAUGUUCAAGUUAUAUCAGCUUCGGGUAAUCAUAUUAUAGCUGUUGCCAAUCCUGCCUUGGUUAUGAGUCCCACCCUUAAUGAGGGUCUAACAUUAAAGAGGGAGAAUCAUACACCCGAAUUGUAGUAUUUAAGAAAACUGGCAUUGUAGUUGUUUGUUUAGAAAACAUAAAUUAUUUAUUUGAUAAAAAGUGCAAUACUCAAAAAAAAAA